AUGAAUAGAUUUCGAUCGAGAUAUGGCCAAAACAAUCAGGAUUCUAGAUCUAACGCAGAUGAUCAGAACACGUUAAUGUCUUUCCCGCAUUCUACACCAGGGGAAAUGGAAUCUGUGUUUUCUGAAUCAAGUACCAUUGGAGAUUUCGAACGGCUGGGUUUUGUGAAUCGAAGCCCUCGAUUUGCCAGUAAUAGAACCGUUAUAUUUGCUUCAGUUAUGCUUUCUAAGGGUUUUUUUGCGUGGGAAAAUCAAGACACGUUUGAUACAUUUAUUUCCAACCGUAGGAAACUUGAUAAAUGCUUAGAUUCCGGUAAAGGGUGGCCAUUAUUUCAUUACGUUUCUGUAGGGUUCAAAUCAUAUUUCAGGAAAAGCACCCCAGUGUCCAAAAUUUACAAAUACAAGGUGGUUGAUAACGAUAAAGUCGAUGAUAUCAAGGAGCCCAAUAAAGAGCUUCUUCAUCAAAACGAGAAAAGGUCUCUUUUCAAAGUUGAAUUUUGUAACGUUUUCCGGAACGUUAUCAAUAGUGAAGGGAUUGUAUACCAUAAAUUCGUGUGCUUCCAACCUGAUGGGAUCAGAUGCUCAGUUUUGAUGAUGAAUAGCAUUGGACGAAGGAACACUGAUUGUCAAGUCUAUGAACCUAUUACUGAUUCCUUAUUGAAUCUCAGAUGGAUUGGAACAACAGGAUAUACGUCUGUCUUUGGUGCAAACGAUUUGAAAUUGGUGAUCUUGGAUGAUCAAGUUCCACAUUUGUCAUCACGGGCCUCUCAAGAGAGAGAUAAUGACAGAAGAGAUUCGCAACGCAGUGAACAUGCACGAUCUCAAUCUAAGAUGCCAGUCUGGGCUAUGUAUUCCAGAACUACCUCAAUUUUGCCAAUACCCAGGCAUCGUGUGUUGAAGUUGGCAACUUUCCAAAUCAGUGAAGUUGAAAAUGCUGAGCAAGUGCCUUUCACUUCCGAACUCUUGACAUGUAUGAGUAUGUACUUACACGAAUUGGAAUCGAGAAAGGAAAGAAGAUCACCAUUGACAUCCGCUCCGAUGAUUUCAAUGGUGUAG